UUUCACCAUCCUCGACGAACGAGCUAUGUGUCAGGUCGUGAAAAACCUCGACGUCUUGCGUCGUAGCUUUGGGUGGCCCGCGCAUAAUCAUCGAGCUAAGCCACCAGAUGGAGUGCCGAAGUUGACUAUUGCUAGACCGGAUCAAAACCAAAUGAACCUGUUAUUUUCCCCAAGAACCGCUCAGCGGCGUCGGGUACUUAGAGAGCGGCGAAAGAAGGCGAAAUGGGUAUGGCGGGAACAAAGGCUGAGAGCGGAAAGCGAGAGGUUGUUAUGCUGGGAAGCAGGGACCUUGAUCCUGUUUGGGUUGCUCAUUAAUGGAUGUAACAGCAAUAGUACCACCUGAGAGGAAGAAGGAGAAGAGGACUACUACUUCUAACAAAAAGAAAUUACAUUCUGAAAAAAUGGUCUUCAUCUAGAUAGCAGAUGAAGAGGGUCCUCGCAAUAAUAGAAGUACUUAGCAAGAAGAUGAACUCUAAGACUGAGGGAAAUUAAGAGAGCUGCUUUGCAAGAGGAGAUUUACCUUGCGGAAGAAGAAGGAGACCAUGAUGCGGGGAAUCGAAGAGGUAGAUGCCGAACACACGAUCGCACAACUUCAGACAUGCUAGUCGACGAUGAUCCUCGGAGACAUGCUAGUCGACGAUUGCGACAGCAGCAGAUCAACUGCCAACGUCAGCAGCAAGAGGGAACCUGGAAGAUAAAGGAGAUAGAUUAUAUGCAGGAUUCAUCCGAUGGCGGUGCUGACUUCUGCGAUUACGAGGACGAAAACCUUUUAGUCAAUGAUGAAUAUUGCGAUGUCAGUGAGGAUGCGCCUAGUGAAGUUUCUAGUAAUACCGAUCUCGAUGGACGAGGUGGUUUGAUCCAUGGGGGACGCGGCCUUCAUGAUCAGCAUCGGACGAGAGGUGGACGGAGUGGAAAGGAACAAAAUGACCAUGAUCAUUUUUAUAGCAAGAAAAGUUCAACCACGACGAGCUUUGGUGCUCUUGCUUGUUGUUCGGCGAAAACACGGAACGCGUUGAAUGAACACGAGGACGAUGGGGCGUCGAAUAGCCACUCCCUGCUAAAGGAAGAUGAAGACUUUGACGAUUGUCGUAACAGCAAGAGCAGCAUAUUCAGGACAACCUCCAGAGGUGGAAAGACAACACGCGCGGCUAACCGAGAAGACGCGGCCUUUGUUGGACUUGGAGGCGGUGCAGCAACUUCGUCGAGCUCUUCUACCACUUCUUACCCUUCAUCAAGACGAAUGGCAGGCGCUGAGGACAGAGCACUAGGAAGUAGUACAAGUGCAACAAGUACCAGAGGAGGACUAUUUCCAACAACAUCAACUUCGCAAGCAAGCCGGAUACGUGAUAGUUCUCACGACUGUGGAGGUCGUGAUCAGAUACUGCGAGACGACACGAGUUUGCUUUUCGAUGAAGAGGGUCCUAGCCCUCUUCAUGACCGCCUCUGGAGGUUUCCGUUUCAUUCUAGUACUUCCGUUUUGAGCAGCAUCAACAAAGUAGAUGAGGAUCCAUCCUCUGCGAACAAGUCCUCAGCCGGCUUCUAUGCUCCUGGAGGCACGACCAUGGCCUCCACAGCAAGUGCAUCAACAUUGACAACGUUCUUACCUAGUUUCCGUUUCGCAGGGUUCAAAACUGGGGAAUUUUGGCUACGAGGCUUCAUAGUCGGGUACAUUGGAGAUAGCGGAAUGGACUGGGGAGCGCUUACGAAGGGGUGGAUUCAAUUUCUAGCCAAAGACCUCCUACAGCUAGAAAGCGGACUGUUCCGGUCGGGGGUGACGGUACUGGGAUUUGGUUUUCAUGUGUGUCGCAAUGUGUAGUCAUUGUUCUUCCUAGUAACAUCUGAUCUUGUUCUACAUCCAGCACUUUCGGUUAGAUGCAGCGCAAGCAGAAACAUUUAGGUGCAGAUGAUAUGGUUUAGCUCCUGCACAACUCUUCCUUGCUUUUACGAGUGUAGCUAGCUCGAAUCUUUUUCCUCACUGUCUUUGUCUUACACCCGCGCCAGGUAUCUCCGUCCUCUCCUUCUUCGACAUCUGCUGGGUGUGCCCUCUGGUUAAUGCCAGACUUUGCUCACCGCCUAAUGGGAAAUCCGGAUUCUCAGAUGCGCGCACUCUACGAAUUUGUUGGUCGCUUUCUCGCGUACUCCAUCUACCAAUUGGUGCAGAUCGAACACCCUUUGGCACUAUUUUUGUACAAGAUCUUGCUGUUGUCGGGUAAGGAGUUUCGAGAAACCUCCAUCGCAUCUCCAUCUUGUUCAAGAACAUCAACAACAGCAACAUCAUCUCUACUCUGGCCUACCGUGAAUGACGCCUUACGAGAUUUGGAAACUGUCGACACGGAGAUGGCUAAGGGUCUGGAGAAGAUCAUAUCGUGGAAUGAGGACCGAGACGGCGAUUUAGAAGAUACGUUGUGCUUGGAUUUUUCGAUAGAAAUGGAAUGCAUAGGAGAGAGGGUGUUCUUUCCCCUGAAGCAGUGUGCUUCCGCUUCAGGUACUAGUGCGGCUACUGGUGGUGAUGACCACGCUCAUACUAGUCCACCGUGGUCUACUUCAUCUGGGAUAUUAGCAUCAAAAGACGGGGGAAAUGACGCACGAGGAGGACCUCUGACGUCAACUUCUACAUCUUCUGAGGACCCUCCACCAGUAACCUUCAACAACCGGGUCGAAUACGUCUAUCGCGUCUGUCAAUUCCAUCUGCUCACGUCCGUGCAGAAUUCAUUGACCGCUCUCCGCACAGGUUUCCAUGAUGUUUUGGAAGUGCAGAGUGUCUUCGCGCCUUUUCAUCUAUCAACAAGAACAUCAUCUACUUCUGAGGUUUCUAGUUCGACGAAUGUUGGCGGCUCAAGUUGUUCAAGUGAGGACAACAGGAAGAGCCACAUUUUUAAUCAUGACUACACCGUAGCUGCUCAUCGUCUCCGCUGGCUCCUCGAAGGCAGAGCCGGUGUUUCGGACACUCAAAUCCGAGAGUUGUUCAGCUGCGUGCACGUGCAAGGAACUAGCGCAAGUCUCCGAGCUUCGUCAAAAGCAGAAGAGCAGGAACACCGGGAAGCUGCAGAGAGGAUAAAGGCAAUGUUGAAGAACGUUGUUUUAUGGCACUGCUCGAUAUUGAUAAUUCAUCUUGUUUGACAAAUAUUUAUAUGAGCUGCUAAUUCAUCUUGUUUGACAAAUAUUUAUAUUUUCUGCAUCCCUGACCUGAAGAAGGAUCAUCUUCCUCCUGAUAUUCUUCAAGGAUGCUUGCAGCUGCAUAAAGAUGAUGAUGAAUUAUGCACCAUAGGUCUAAUGGUGUUAAAUGGCUUCGCCGAACGUGAGCGUCUCUCUUUGCUUCAAUUCUGGUUGGGCCGAACGCGAGUGCCGGCCGCAGGCUUCCGCAGCUUGUAUCCGCGAGUGACGCUGGCCAUUCUGGGUCCCAAAAAGCAUCACAAAUUACCAACUGCGCAUUUAUGGCUGCUGAUGAUGAUGAUUUUGAUUCAAAGGUUUGUCCGUCGUGAAUCUUCUCACCUCUCUUCUCAAUUUGGCUUAGAGGUGUUCUGCAAAUUCUGACUGGUUUCUCUCUUUUUAUGCUAUAAGGUUUCCAGCGACGCUUAAAGCACUAAGUAAAGCAGCCGGUUAGUUUUCGCCUCUGUCUAUACUCUAGGUCUAUCCCUUCAAACCAUCGACUUAUCGACAUCUUCAACCUCACCUAGUAGUCCUUAGAUCUUCAUCCGAGUCAGACUACUAUCGACAACCUCACCUGUUGCUUCCUUCACGCUAACUGGUGCACGUGCAGUAUCCACCUUGAUAAAAUUAAUAUAAUACAUAGAAGCCACUGAGGCUACAGUGAUGAUAUGAAGCUCUUACUUUCGACAACGUCGCCUGUUGCAGUUAAUACGGACUACUAUCGACAAGGACAACCUCACCUGUUGUACUUAGGCCUUAGUAGAUUUUCAUCAGACUACUGUCGACAAGCUGUACGUAAUACCAAAUCCUCCAGGAAACUAAGUAAGUAGCAGAAUUCUCUAUCGCUAUCCAAGGAAGAUUAUUUAUCCUGUUGUUCUAACCUCUGUCUGUUUCCACCGCCUCGACUUGCCACGAUAUCCUACCGAACAAGAGUUGGGGAAGAAACUGCGACAAGCGAUAACGCUCACCGGUGGAGCGAUUGCGCUUAUCUAACAUCCGGAUGGUUGUCAUCGUAUAGAUAUGCUCCAUGUUGACAUUUCUUCAUUUUUGGGCUGACAAACCGUAAACGUAAUUAGCGGACCACGCUUAAUCUGUUAAUAUCACAUUCAUUGCUGGCGUCUCUAAGCGAUGCUUCGGGACGAUCGACAAUGCGUUGGCUUAUUCUCGUCUUUGCUUUCUCCUCACCAACAUACAUCUUCUACUUUGGAGGGACGAUGAUCUCGCGAUCAGAAAGAAGACUUGUGACUGUGAGCCUUAUUUCGUACGUGAUAACGGCAGUUGUACCUAGAAGAAAGCUGAUCCAGCGCACAGCACAGAAAGAGAGCCGCUCAUUAGGAUCCACCGUCUACGCGAAGACUCAGAUCAGGCAAAAUAAUGCACGUCACCGUGAC